UUGGCUUCCGUUUCCGCGACCCGAGGUUGCUAAGGGCCGCUUUGUGUUGCCAAGCGAGGCCUAGUUCAGGCCUAAUUUAAGACGCGAUGGCGGGGAGCCGGUUGGAGAAGUUGGGAACCAUAUUUACCCGGGUGCAGAACUUGCUACGCUCCGGGGCAAUGCACGAAUCCCAGAAACCCAUCUGGUAUGAUGUUUACGAGGCUUUCCCUCCCUUGCGGGAGCCUACUUACCGCAAUACUCGCCCGUUAAUGGGAAAGGUAACAGAUACGGUGCCCCCCAUACUGUACCCGGAGGAUCAGAUCAGAGCGAAAUUUUAUGAAACCUAUGGAGCUGGUUCAGGUAUGUUUGAUCUAGCAAGAUCAAAUUAUAAAUCUCCUUGUCAGAGGUUUGUUGAGAAAUACAAUGAACUGAAGAAGAAGGAGGAAGACAUGGAUGAAGACUUACUAUUUGCAGAAACAGGGAAAGCACUUUUGGCAGAAGGUCUGGUUUUAUCAAGAAAGGGCAGGAAAGUGGCUCCGAUGCCUCCAUCGACCGUGCCUGUAUUAGAGCUUCAAGAGAUAUUUCAGCAAGAGGAGAUCAGCACCGAAAACCCAGAGCCAAAAACGGAGCCCAGCGAAAAGCCAAAGGAAGAAUCCUCCUAAUGACUCUGUGAUUCUGUUUAUAACCAGUUUUUAUCGACUCUGUGACCUUUUGCCAGAAAGACUCUUCCCAAGGUUCUGAUUUCCCCCCUUGUUGGAAAUGCUGAGCAUACUGUAGAAAGAUUGCAAGAACCAUCUUAUGGCACGCUUUGGCAAGUCAGGUUCCCUAAAGCGCAUGUUUCGACAAACGAUGGAUUUGAUUAUUAAAAUCGUUCUCUGAAAAACA